GCAGCUAGCACUUGUACACACCUCUGAGAGAAUGAAGAGUGUCUUUAAACCAAUCAGAGAGCACGUUACUGUUACGUAGCGACCAUUCACCAAUAGGAAUCUUCUGCAUGAGCGCGGCCAAACUAGCGGACUUAUUGGAGAUUUUUUGUUGUUCACCUACGCAGAGAAAAAGUGUGUUAAAAGCACAAACUGUACAGAGAUUUUUAGCUCCUGACAUCCAGCAGGAAUGAGUCUGUCUCUCAGAGCGGAGUUCAUGGCCGAUAAACCCAGGAGGAGGGAGCUCACGGAGGAAGAGAAACAUGAAAUUAAAGAAGCUUUUGAUUUAUUUGACACAGACAAAGAUAAAGAGAUCGACUACCACGAGCUGAAGGUGGCCAUGCGCGCUCUGGGCUUCGAAGUGAAGAAGGUGGACGUUCUGAAGAUCCUGAAGGAUUAUGACAGAGACGGGAAGGGCAAACUUACAUUUGAGGAUUUCAGAGAAGUGGUGGCGGAUCGCAUCCUGGCCCGAGACCCGAAGGAGGAGGUGAUGAAGGCCUUCAAGCUGUUUGACGACGACGAGUCGGGGACGAUCACUCUGAGGAACCUGAGACGAGUCGCAAGAGAACUUGGCGAGAACAUCGGCGAAGAGGAGCUGCGCAGCAUGAUCGACGUGUUUGACACCGAUGGAGACGGAGAAAUAAACCAGGAGGACGUUCCUAAAGACACAUGGGACGUCUCAGACCUCAGACGGCCUUUUAAUCUGCAGCAGCUCCAGAGCCUGCUGGCACUGCCUCCGUUCAUCCUCCCCAACAUCAGCUCGCUGACACGAAAUCAGCUCAUGAGCUGCUUUUCCACCAAAAGUUCCAGGAACUGUUACUCAUGA